CUCAGUUUCCCAUUAGUUAAGCCCGCGUCUCACUCUCCAACUUUGACUGCCUCGGGUCACAAACCCAAAACCCUCCCCCCAAUUUGACCGCCACCACCACCACCAUCCUCGCUUUGCUCCCCCUUUUGUUAAUCCUUUUACCCACCCUCUUUCUCCGUUAAAACCCCCAUCUUCUCAAAAGGGGAAAUCUCCGACUUUAUCCGCUACUUUUCCCUCUCUUACCCAUUUCAUCAAACAUCUUCCGUGAGCCUUCUUUCCUCUCUUUUUUGUUUUCUGUUUCACAAUGAGCGAGCCAAAGACGGAGACUUGCGACACCGCGGAAUCGCUGGCUGCCUGCGGCAGCUUCCGGGAUCUCAGCCUCAGCAAUAGCAACAGCGUGAGCAUCAGCAUGUGCAGCAGCAGCUGCGGGACGGUGUCCGGGUCGGAUCACCAGAGCAUUGGGAGCAGCAAUUUGAGCAAUGUGAGUAAUGGGGGGAGUGAGCGGAAAGAGAGCAGCGAGAAAGGUGGGAGCUUGAGCACUGUGGACUCGUCGAAUGGGGAGGGUGGUAGUUUCAGGAGCUUGUGUCCUUCGAAGCCUCACAGAGGGAAUGAUGUUAGGUGGGAUGCGAUACAGAGCGUUACGGCGAAAGAUGGGGGGAAUGGGGUUUUGGGGUUGGCCCAUUUUAGGUUGUUGAGGAAGCUGGGGUGUGGGGAUAUUGGGAGUGUGUAUUUGGCUGAGCUGAGAGGGACAGGGUGCUUGUUUGCGAUGAAGGUGAUGGAUAAAGGGAUGUUGGCUGGGAGGAAGAAGCUGUUGAGGGCUCAGACUGAGAAGGAGAUUUUGGGGCUUUUGGAUCAUCCGUUUCUGCCUACCUUGUAUUCUCAUUUCGAGACCGACAAGUUUUCUUGUCUGUUGAUGGAGUUUUGCAGUGGUGGAGAUCUACACAUGCUCAGGCAGCGCCAGCCUGGCAAGCAUUUCACCGAGCAAGCAGCCAGGUUUUAUGCUUCGCAAGUGCUUCUUGCCCUGGAGUAUCUCCACAUGAUGGGAGUUGUGUACAGAGAUUUGAAGCCUGAAAAUGUACUAGUGAGAGAAGACGGUCAUAUCAUGCUCUCGGAUUUUGAUUUGUCGUUAAGAUGCUGUGUUAAUGCCACUCUGGUUCAGUCCAGUGCCGAUCCAUCCUGUCAAAUAUCUUCCUACUGCAUUCAGCCUUCGUGCAUAGAUCCAGCUUGUAAAUUGCCUGUCUGCGUGGAACCUGCUUGUUUGCAGCCGUCUUGCUUCAAGCCACGCUUCAUGAACCGCAGCUCCAAAACAUCUAAGAAGGUGAAGAGUGACAAAAAGCUCAACUUGGUAAGCUCAGAUUCUCUUCCUGUGCUUAUCGUGGAGCCAACUACAGCUCGGUCCAUGUCAUUCGUUGGAACCCACGAGUACUUGGCUCCUGAAAUCAUACGAGGGGAUGGCCACGGCAGUGCAGUGGAUUGGUGGACAUUUGGCAUCUUCUUGUAUGAGCUGCUAUAUGGAAAGACACCAUUCAAAGGGAAUGGGAACCGUGAAACACUGUGUAAUGUGGUAGGCCAGCCUCUGAAGUUUCCUGAAGGAUCAUCUGUAAGCUUUGCAGCCAAGGAUUUGAUCCGUGGUCUCCUCGUGAAGGAUCCUCCAAAGAGGUUAGGCUUCAAGAAAGGUGCUACAGAGAUAAAGCAGCACCCUUUUUUCGAGACCGUGAAUUGGGCUCUCAUUCGAAGCACUCAGCCACCAGAAGUCCCGAAACCAAUCGAUAUGUCGAUCUUGAAUCAAAGUCCUACCAAGCCAUCACAACCACCUUCAGCAUGUAAUAAUAACAAGAAUAGCAAUGGUAAGGGAGCUAGUGCUGCUGAUUCUGACAGAAGCUCUGGUCCUUACUUAGAUUUUGAAUUCUUUUGAGACCAGUUUUGCUAAGGUUAGAUUAUUGUAAGAACCUAGGAUUUUGUUUCUUCCUCUUCUUUGCUCUUCUGUCAGGAGGGUUUUGAGAAAUCAAAUUCCCUCUUGAGUCUUGCCUGUGUCUAAAUUCGUAUGGUUAAUGAAAGACCCUUCUCUUUUAUCUAUCUCACAAAGUGUUGGGGGCAGGCAGGAUGAGCAAUUGCGUUUGCAUUGAUAGACGUGGUAACUUUGGAC